GCGGGGAACCGGGGGAGGGACGGGGGGAAAACAGCCCCCCACCCCCGGCGGCAGCACCCCACGCCAGCGAUGCAGCCCCCGGAGCCGGGUCGGGCCGGCGGAGGCCCUUCCAGUGGCACCUGGUGGCCAAAUGACACCACAAGCUACAGUCACCUCCUGAGGGAGAACUACACCUUCCUGGCCUACUACCAGCACUCCUCCCCUGUGGCCCUCAUGUUCAUCCUGGCCUACACCUUCAUCUUCCUCAUGUGCAUGGUCGGCAACAUCCUGGUGUGCUUCGUCGUGGUGAAGAACCGCCAGAUGCGGACGGUCACCAACAUGUUCCUCCUCAAUCUGGCCAUCAGUGACCUGCUGGUGGGCAUCUUCUGCAUGCCCACCACCUUGGUGGACAACCUCAUCACAGGUUGGCCCUUUGACAACACCAUGUGCAAAGUGAGUGGCCUCGUGCAGGGCAUGUCUGUCUCCGCCUCCGUUUUCACACUGGUGGCCAUCGCCGUGGAGAGGUUUCGCUGCAUCGUCCACCCGUUCCGGCAGAAGCUGACGCUGAGGAAAGCCCUGCUGACCAUCGCCAUCAUCUGGGUGCUGGCCCUGCUCAUCAUGUGCCCCGCUGCCAUCACCCUGACUGUCACCAGGGAGGAGCACCACUUCAUGGUGGACACCCACAACAACUCCUACCCUCUCUACUCCUGUUGGGAGGCCUGGCCCGAGACGGGGAUGAGGAGGAUCUACACAACCGUCCUCUUCUCCCACAUCUACGUGGCCCCGCUCGCCCUCAUCGUCGUCAUGUACGCCCGCAUCGCCUUCAAGCUCUUCAAGUCGGUGGCACCUGCCCAUGGCCGGGAGGAGCCGGAGGGAAGGAGGAUCUCCCGCAGGAAGGCCAAGGUCAUCAACAUGCUCAUCAUCGUCGCCCUCUUCUUCAGCAUCUCCUGGCUGCCCCUCUGGACGCUGCUGCUGCUGACGGACUACGGGUGGCUGAGCGAGGGCCAGCUCCGCCUGGUCAUCGUCUACGUGUACCCCUUCGCCCACUGGCUGGCCUUCUUCAACAGCAGCGCCAACCCCAUCAUCUACGGCUACUUCAACGAGAACUUCCGACGAGGCUUCCAGGAGGUCUUCAGGAACCCCCCCUGCUUGCUCCGGUGCCGCCACCGCAGGCCCUACACCCCCCGGAGCCACGGCCACGGGACCUUCCUCGGCACCCGCAACCGCGUCUUCACCCAGGCACGGACCAGCGACUCGCCCCCCGCGUCCGAGUCGGGGCCGCUGGCCCUGCGCCGCACUGGGCCCCCUGCCUGGGAUGGCUGAGUGGCCUCUGGACUGAGGGCUUGAGGGGUGGGGAGCGGGGAUUUGGCACCUCAUGGGCCACAGGUCACUGAAAUAAAGGCGCAUCCCACCGAU